GCGAGAGGCUUGUCCCGGAAUGACACGAGUUGGCCACGAAUGAAUCACUUCCUGCUGCUCAAUUUCCCUCAACACCAGGUAAGAUGGCGACCUCCCAGAAGUUAACAGAACACUUCCUGACAUGCACGAUAUGUACAGAGGUGUUUGACAAGCCCUGUACACUUGUAUGCUAUCACACCUUCUGUCGGAAAUGUGUGGUCAGCUACACCAAAACCAGACCAGAAGCCAUCAGUGCCAAGUCUCUCCUGUGUCCAUUCUGCAGCAAGAUGACGAAAGUGUCUGCCCCUGAGAGACCAGUGGAGGAGUGGGCAGAUGACGUCAAGCCUAGCUUUGUCAUCCAGGGACUCUUGGACUCGUUUGGCCCCGGAUCUAAAGGUAAGAUGGCGACCUCCCAGAAGUUAACAGAGCACUUCCUGACAUGCACGAUAUGUACAGAGGUGUUUGACAAGCCCUGUACACUUGUAUGUAAUCACACCUUCUGUCGGAAAUGUGUGGUCAGCUACACCAAAACCAGACCAGAAGCCAUCAGUGCCAAGUCUCUCCUGUGUCCGUUCUGCAGCAAGAUGACGAAAGUGUCUGCCCCUGAUAGACCAGUGGAGGAGUGGGCGGAUGACGUCAAGCCUAGCUUUGUGCUCCAGGGACUCUUGGACUCGUUUGGUCCCGGAUCUAAAGAUACGACUCACUGUAGUUAUUGCAAGGAGGAAGGGGAGACAACUCCGGCUACAACUUGGUGCUCUGUUUGUGACGACGCACUCUGUGAACGAUGUAUACGAGUACACAGCCGAAUUCCAUCUUUCCGUCACCAUGACGUAGUUGACCUGUGUGUAGAGACAAAGGUUAGGGUCAAGAGAAAGGUCAUGUGUAAAGUUCACAAAGAUGAAAAUAUCAAAUAUAUUUGUAAAGAUUGUAAAACAGCUGUUUGUCAAACAUGCUGCACUAUCCAUCACAGGAAAUGUGACUUGGUUGUUGAAAUUGAGUCGGAGAUUCCUUCCAUGAAAACUGAGCUCAGAAGGAAAAAAGAGGAUUUGUUGAAGAAACAAGACGAGAUGAAAACAGAUAUUGGUAAACAAACCUCCAAAGUCAAUGAAGCAUUAACGCAUUACUUACAAAAAGAAUCGAAUAUCAAAUCUGCAAGUGUCAAAGCAAUGGAGGUGAUCAAAGUCAAGGAACGGAAACUUUUGGCUGAACUGAAAGAAAUGUCUGACAAACACAUUGGAGAACUGAAGGCAGACAUAAAGUCAGGUGAGAUGUCAGUACAGAUGUACCAACAACAGGCUGAGCUGUUAGACCAGACUCUACAAUCUGAGUGUGACAUGGGUGUGUAUGAGAUGUACCAGGGGUGGGAGGCCGGUGAUGUGGAGGCUGUCGGAGUCGCAGACGUAAAGGAGAAGGGAAGAAUAGCCAGGAUCAUGUUCAGACAGGACACGGACAAGCUGAGUAGAGCACUGGACGAUCUACAGCUGGGUGAGAUAGAUGUCCUGUAUGAGGAUGUGCUGGACCUGAAGGCUACUCCUGUGUUACAGGACACUAUUGACGUGCUGGACCUGAAGGUUACUCCUGUGUUACAGGACACCAUUAACACCAGAGUAGCAGGGGAUAUGUUAAGAGAAGACAUCCUUGACGGGGUAGUGGUAGUGGUGAAUGGUACAGACACAGUGGUAGUCACAGACUAUAGCAACAACAGUGUGAAGUCCUUCUACACCAGGAACAAGCAGCCGUGUCACAGGAGGCUCAGUCUGGGUGGUCCUCCGUGGGGUAUAACACAGUUAAAGGACAACCAGGUGGCUGUCACUGUGCAAGGUACCAGACAGAUUGUAACAGUACAAGUCAACCCUGACCUAGUGCUGCUGUCAGCCAUCACAACCAGCAAACAGUACCUUGGUAUAACGUCUCUGACACCAUCAACACUAGCAGCAAGUUCCAUCUCCCCUCCCUGUGUUGAUGUCCUGGGUAUGACGGGACACGUGCUGAAGUCAAUUUGUCCAGGCCAACCUAGUAGAAACAUCUUGAAGAAUCCCAACUUCCUCUGUACCACGAGGACAGGAAACAUCCUGGUGUGUGACAGUGGAUCCAAGUGUGUCGUGUGUCUGACUCCCGAGGGAGAUGUGGUGUUCACCUACAGCCCAACAGGAGACACAGCUCUGAAGUAUCCACGUGGUAUCACCAGCACCAGCACAGGCGACAUCCUGGUGACAGACAGCCAUCUACACAGAGUCCUCCAUCUGACUGAGUCAGGACAGUUUGUUAGAAGCAUACUGACAUCACAGGAUGGUGUCAAGUAUCCACGUGGAGUGUGUGUUGGUGGGCGUGGCUGCAUGUACGUGUGUAUGUCAAAUGUAGUGGCGGUAUUUACAUUGAAGUGAGUGAACAUGUCACAAUCCUCCUUUCAAUCAACUGUAGUCACGUGUGAGUUGAGGAUUUAGGUUUUGAUAUGUGUCAUUGUGUAUUUCCCUUUAAGCACAUUUCACUGUGUUUUAGUAAAAUCACAUUAUAUAUUAGUGUUUAAUCACUCAUCUGAGCUUUGCUAUUUGAAUGUGAUGAAUGAAGAUUUAAUCAUACAUGGUCUGUAAGUGUACACAUUAUAUUUGUAAUCUCAAUAGCAAGACACGGUUAUUCACUACUGCUUUUAUUCUUCAGAUCUAAUCUGAACAUGUUUUCCCUUUUAUGUUUUACAAACUUCGAAAGUAAGUGGCUUUGAUAAAAUGUCAUUACAUCGAAUACCAGAUCCUCCGCAUGAUGUGUUUUUCAUGUUUGUAACCACAAUGCGAGUGUAACAUGGAGCUAUUCCUUCUGUUUAGGACUGUUUUGUGACAGAUUUAUAUAUCAAGCGCCGUUUUACUAUUUAUUCCUGAUUUUAUAUCAAUAAUUCAUUUAAUGAUACCCCAAAAUGAAUUAUUGUGAAUUAUCAUCAUGCCAGUGUAUUAUGGAUAUAUUCGUGAUAUCUGAUACAUCUGUGUAAUAUUUACAUGACAGCCAGACUUAUAGGCAUUCUUACGACCACAAUGAUCCGGGCGACAGUUGCUGAGUUCGACAGGCUGAUCGUGGCUGCACACCGCCAAACCAGUCAACGUGAAAAGCCCGUAUUAAGCAGUCAUUGUGACCAACCGAUCACCAAUUUAGUCACCUUGUAUGACAUGUGUAGAAAUCAAGGGCCGAAUUAAGUACAAUGUCAGCCUCAGUGUUCAACACAAUCACCGGAAACUACUAUUGUACAUAUAUACAUUAAAUGUACUAUUUGUUUUGGUAGCUUUAGUGAACUGUUUCGCGUUAUGAAACACAGAACCGAUUGCUCUCCCGUUCCUGCAGAAAGGACGUGUUACAUUCACUUGGCCGUUGAUCGGUCUAAGGGAGAUAAAUCGUGAUGCAAUGUUUUUUGAAGCGCCAUAAAAUGCAGUGAACGAAUGCACUUGAAGCCAUGAACAUUCUACCACAGAGUGUGCCGUCCAUGUGUGUUACAAAUAAACGAAUCCACUGUAAUUCUAUGUUGGUCAACGCUGCAAUAUUCAAGCUACAUGUAUAUGACGGUAGAUAAUCGAGUAUGAACGCGAGAAACCAGUGAUUGACAUCACGAGCAACAUCCCAAGUCGUUGGGUCACGAUGACACUGUAUCAACCAGCUGGCGGAGUCUGAUCAUUUGGUCGCCUCGUACGACCAGCACAGGUUGCUGAGGACCUAUUCUAACCCGGAAUCCCCACGUGGAGAACUUCAUUGGCUGCUUGUUGUGCACCGCCAGUGCAAUAAAAACGCACAAAGGCCUUUCCAUAUUCAUAGGAAAUCUCUGCGUUAAGCAGAGUCGACUGUAUGAUUCCGACUAUAUCAUGAACAAGUCUUUAUUGAACACCAUCAAAUUGUGACGAUACCAGGUGUUCGCUAAAAGGUGAGCGUAUCCUGCCCCACCGGCGGCUCCCAUUACCAGCAAGACAGUUGUUCACCUGAAAAGACACUGAAACAUGUUGUUCAAGUCUAAACAGGGAAUUACAUCUGACAUCAGUUUCACCAUGUUAGUUUUGCCGACGUUGGCAACCUGGACAUACUAUACAAUCAAUAGAAGCAAGUGAACUAUUCUAGAGCCAAGGGGACUGAUCACGACCUGUGUACCGUUGUUUUGUACCAGGGUACAUGCAUCUAGAUGUUCACGAUGUUCUCUCAUUUGUAUGUGUACCUUUCACCUACCCUGCAGACAUAAAAUUGAACCUUGUUUUUAGUGCAAAUAAAGAAAAUUUGUCAAAGUCUCCGUAACUG